AAGUGAUUUACAAGUGAUUCCUACAUUUUGAAGUGUUGAAUUAAGCAAAAAGAUGCCAAUAGUAGGAUAUUUUUGAAGUGAAGUGAAAUCUGCGCUGAAUCAUGUGUAGUCGAUUUAUAGUUUUGCACAAUCGCUACUAGUAGAAACUGAUGAAUCAUCAGAACGGGUUGCUUCGUUGAGCUUUAUUGCAUGUCGUUUUCGUUAUUGCAACGAUAUCACAAGGCCGACCUAUGGCUUGCACAAUCUGUACAAAAUCGUUCGGAUUCUUCAAUAAAGAACAUGGUUGUCCUGUGUGCAAAUUUUCAUUCUGCUCCGGAUGUCUCAAGUAUAAGCUCGUACGCGAUGGGAAGAAGCUGAAUGUUUGUCUACGAUGCUCCAAACUCUCAUCAAUUGCCGUACAACCAAAACGAACUAACGAAACAAAAACUCCUCCAUCGUUGGUGAAUGAUAGCUCGUCGGCGGUGACGCUCCUUGACGAGCCGAUUGUUAGUGAAGUGCCCCGUGCCAUCACUGCUGAACAACCCUUACAGCCGCAAGAUGACGAUGAAAUUCGAAGAAGAUUGGACGCAUUGAAGGUAAAGGUUCCCGAUGAAACCGAUCCGGAUGCAGGAGGUAGCUCUAGCAGAGAGGCCGGGGAUAAUACUGACCUUGAAAAAAGGCUGGCAGCGUUGAAAGGGGUCGAGUACAGGGACUACAAGAAUGCCGCCCAAAAGUUCCUUGCGCAGGACAAUCGCACUGAAGAGGAGCAGGUACAGGAUUUGAUUGGAAGAUACGCAGAUGAAACUAAGCUCGACAAGGAGCUUGAGAGCAAACGUAUGGAACAAGAUGACGAAAUUAUGCGUCGUUUGAACGCACUUAGAGAAUUCCGUACCGGAGGCAUAGCGGAUGGUGCCACAACGAGUAGUGGCCCAUCACGCCCGGCCCUUCCGGAUAGCGACUCCGAUGACGGUUUGACCGAUGAGGAACUAGCCAAAAAGCUGGCGCAACGGUAUGCGGAAGAGGGAAAACUGGAGGCUAAAUUACCACCGGCCGAUUCGGAUGAAGAAGUCCUAAGUCCCGUGAAGACCUCUCCACGACCGGGUAACGAAGGCGAUGAAGAGGAACUACCCUGGUGCACGAUCUGCAACGAAGAUGCCGUGUUGCGGUGUCUAGGUUGCGAUAACGAUUUAUACUGCAAUUCUUGCUUCAAGGAGUUUCACUACGACGAAGACCCGCGCGAGCAUAAGACCUUAGCUUUUAAACAGAAGGUUAAAAAACAUAAAUGAGCUCCAAAAGGCUUUGAACAGCUCCUGUUUGUUUCCAUUUGCUUGCUGUUAUUUAAUAUUUAGCUUCUUGGUUUCGUUUGCUGCAAUUGGUUACUAUUGAUGCACUACAUUCGGAAUGUGGUAAAUAAACAAGAUGAUAUAUUGUGUAUUUGUAAGGAUAAGUUUAUUUCGGUACACUGAAUUGCCAUGCUCGAAUACACUUUACAUGAAAAAAGAAUGUAAAAUAAAGGAAAAUAUAAAUUUGCUGAAAGAAGAUUUCGGUAAUUCUGACCAUUAUAAACUGGCCGUAACUUCUAUGUAUCUUAUUAUGUCAAUGCCUUAUAUGCCACAAACUAAUCUAUCGUUUAGAAACCAACAAAAUGCUAGUGGAUUAUGCCUCAGCUGUUCCAUUUUUGUUUUUCUUUUUUUUCUUCUUCUUCAGCUCACCGUUCGAAACGUCGGCCACGGCGGACGAAUCGUUCAGGACCGAUUCGUCGGCGGCAUCUUCUCCGUUCGUGUCGUUAAACUUCUUCUUUUUCUUUUUCUUUUGCGGCCCAUCGACACCGUUGCCGUUUGCUUCUGCCGCCGCGCUACCGUUCGUAUCCUCCAGCGCACGCUUAUUUUUCUUCUUUUUCUUAGACUGCGCCGCCUCCGUCUGAACCACCUCGAGGGCCUCCUUCAUGACAUCCAAAUUUUUGCGCGGGACGGUUCCGCUUUCGUAGAACUUCAGCCGAUCCUCAACCUGCUGCUUGAGUGCCUCACCGAACACCUGGGUGGGUGUUUCGGUGAAACAAUCGAUGCGGGACGCAAUCGUACACUUGUUGGCCAGGAAACGCGAAAUGCGUCCCUUGUUCUUUAGCGUAGCGCGUGAAAUGAACGCAGAGUUGAACAGCAAACCGUACUUGGGUGUGUUGCUCUUGGUCUUGAGCGCACGGAAGAGUGCCUUUUCGGCGCCCAAAAUUUGCACCGUCGACGCGGGGAACUUGGCCAGAUUGGUCAAACUGCCGGCCUUCGAGAUGAGCCGCGCACCGACCUGAUCGCCGAUUAGGGCCUGCAGGUUCGGAGCGACGCUGUUCAUUUUCGAGCCUAGAUAAGCGGCCAGUUCCUGUCGGUAGUCGGACAGCCGGACCACCCGCAUGGCAAACAUUUCGAUGUUCAGCAGGUCGAUCACGGAAAUGUCCAUACCCAUGGACAUUUUUGCCGCAUCGAUGAUGGACUGUGCUUUCUCCGCGUCCAUCACGAUCUCCUCGAGUCCGACAAGACUUUCUUGCGUGAGCGAUUUACGAUCCUUGAUAAAGUGCGCCACCUUAGCAAACAGAUAGUUGUCGUUGACAAUUUUCACCAGCUCUGGGAAGUGGUACGAGUACCACUCGCGGAUACGCAUCGAGAACGUAUUGACGUCCUUGUCCAGCUGGUCCAGCAAGGCGAUCGAUUGGAUGAUCAUGUUGUCCGAACGGUGCACGUUAAACUUCACCUUGCAGCGCGAAUAGCUGUGGCCCAAACCGAGCUGCGCCACACCAGCCGACUGGUCCGUGAAUCCCUUCACCAUGUUCACGAAGUGGUGCCGGAUG